AGGCGGCUAAAUUCAAAACUUUAGACGUUAGCUUUAGGUUGGAGAAUCGCGCACUAUCUAAAAAACAAAUGUCUUAUAAAACCUUUUUUUCGAUAGUUAGUAAGUAUUAACAUAGAUGUAUUUGGUGUAGAACGAAGAAGCUGAUUUACAGUGAAUAAGAUAAAUGAAGAUGGAACCUGUGGAUCCAGGAAAGAACGUUGAAGGCACUGGAUGUUCCAAGCGACGCAUUUCUUCUAUUUUAAAGGCAACACAGAAUUCUAUGCAGGACCCACAGCAACAAGAAAAUGAGGUGGAAACUGCCAAACUGGUUGAAAAGAGAAAGUCGAAGAGAGUGAGUUUUGCUCCAUCCGACAACUUUCUGCCGUUGGCCAAGGAUGCUAAGAAUGCUUUGCCUGCACGUAACCCUCUUCAAGAGCUAAUGGGAGCAGCUACUGCAACAACACAAAACAGGGUUCAGAUGGUGACAGCUGAGGACACAAGCCCACAGAUCAUGGGUAUAGACUCCUUGUUGAAUGCUCCUCUACAUUCUUCUCAACAAAGAAUAAUGAUCCACUUUGACAGCGGCAGUGGCAUUGGGGAGAAUACAGUCGUGUUUUCCACAGAGGACGCCGACAUGGACAUGACUCACAGUCACACCAUAAACAUCAACAGUGAUGCAGAUCUGCUUGGAGAUCCAGACCACCAAAACUACGAUCUGUUACUCUCAGGAGGGGGGAACAUAGCUGAUGUUUUCACAGAAGUGCCUCCCAAUCAUUUUGUACAAGCAACAAAUCAGGCGUCAGCAUUACUGCUUGAUAAACAAACGGAUUCAAGUGUGGAAACGAGAGCCGUUUCCACAGCGGCUCCUAUUUUGGAUCCUGGCUUUAAAGACUUUCUCUCGAGCCUCUCCAAACUGAGUCCCUCCAGCACAGGGAUGACACCUUUAACCUCUGACGACAUAAAAUCAUCCCUGGCUGCAGAUGUUGACAAAGAAAAUCAGAUGCCAAAAUCUCUGAGUAGCAGCAGGAAUAUUGGAGAAUCCUUUAAUGGAAGUGGUUUCCGUCGAGACGAUGAUGUGAGCAUGGACGUGACUAAAGCCCAGACCGGCCGUAUUCUGGACGACGACGAUCCUUUUCAGUGUCUCUUUCCAACUCAAGAGAUGUACGAAAAGUCAGAAAGAGAGUCACAAGCCAGAGAAACCAAACAGCAACAGAGCUGUGAAAGCUUGGAGUCGAACGACCAAAAAGCCAGUAAAUCUUCUAUAAAUCUUUCCAUACACACUCCUCUUGAAAGCCAUAAGGUUUGGUCUGGUUUAAAAAACGACUUCAGAGAGAAAACGGUUGUGUUCACUGCAGAUGAGUUUAUGGACAUCACUCAGAAUCUCACAGGAACCAGCGCCGACCGCUCCCUGCUGCAGCACAAAAUCCCAACGGAUGACGUCGACCCAGAGAACUACCCACUGACUACAAACAGGAGUGGUGUUGACCCGGCAGCUCCUGUUAAACCUGGAGGGGAUUUCAGCAUGGAUAUGACUGAAGUUCAAAGAUCAGAUGAUGUUUUUCAGUUUCUCAUUCCUUCAGAAGAAAUGCAGCCUCUGUGUAAAAGUCAGAAAAAGGAAAUCUUCAAAUUCGGACAGCAGAACAUUGAUGGACCACAGUCUUCUGAUCAUAAAGGUUUAAAAACCUCCUCAAAGCUGAACAUGGAGCCACAAAGGCAUCAGUUGAUGGAUAAAGUUGCAGCUCCAGAUGACUACAGAGAAAAAACGUUGCGGUUUUCUGCUGGUGACGACUGUUUGGACGAGAGUCACACCGUACACAUCUCCACUAAUAUCAAACCGAAUCCGCUCCAAAACGAUUCAACAACGAUGGCUGCUACUUCAGGGCCAUCUGAUGGAUUUACAGUUUAUCUGGAUGAUAACAUGGACAUGACUGAAGCUCAGACGGGAUGCAUUUUGGAAGCUGAAGUGAGCGAAGAAAUGCUACAUAAACACGAGUCCCUUCAGACUGUUUCACCCACUAAAGUUGCGCAUCGUCAAAGUGUUCAUGGGGAGACAGAGAGAAACUUACAUCAACAGCAUAAAGAAGGAUUUGGAGCAUCAGGUUAUACAGAAACUUCAACAAAGACCUCUUUAAAGACAAUAAAACAAAGAAACCAGGUUGAGUUUGAGUCUACAAAUGACUACAGAAAGAAAACCAUGAGAUUUGACAUGGCUGAUGUCUGCAUGGAUGUGACUCAAUGCACCACAAUGGACAUUAGCAGUGAUUUGCCACUUCCAAACCAGGUUUUGACUGCAAAUGGAGAGAAAACCGUAAGAUUCGGGGCAACUGAUGCAGAAAUGGAUGUGACCAAAAGCCACACGGUGAAUAUUAUGAGGGAUUUACCUUUGCAGUCUUUCCCAAAUCUGACCAUUCCUUCAAAUGAAGAGAAAACAUUGAGAUUCAGUGCAAAGGAUGCUGAAAUGGAUGUGACCAAAAGCCACACUGUAAAUAUUGAGAGGGAUUUCCCAAAUCUGACCAUUCCUUCAAAUGGAGAGAAAACUGAGUGUUUCAGUUCAAAUGAAGCAGCUAUGGAUGUGACAAAAAGUAACACUGUCAAGAUUUUCACUGAUUUAAAAAUGCUCUUAAACCAAAGCGAGAACUUGCUGCCUGCUGGUGGAGAGAAAACGGUGCAGUUCAAUGCAAAUGAUGCAGCCAUGGAUAUAACGAAAAGUCACACUGUGAACAUCGUACACAAUUUAGACCUGCUUCCACACCAAAACGUGGACGCGUUACCUGCUGAGGGUGAGAGAACUGUAAGGUUCGGGGUAAUCGAUGAAGAAAUGGCUGAGACCAAAAGCCACACAGUAAAUAUUAGGAGGGAUUUGUCUCUGCGGUCUUUCCCAAAUUUGACCAUGCCUUCAAAUGGAGCGAAAACGGUGCAGUUCAAUGCAAAUGAUGCAGCCAUGGAUAUGACGAAAAGUCACACUGUGAACAUCGUACAUGAUUUAGACCUGCUUCCACACCAAAACGUGGACGCGUUACCCGCUGAUGGUGGGAGAACUGUAAGGUUCGGGGUAAUCGAUGAAGAAAUGGAAUCAACAAAAAGUCUGAUGGGGAAGGUUCUUGUAAAUUCAAAUGUGUUGUCAGACCAAAUUGUCAGCCUGCCGCCUGCUAAUGAAAAGAAUCUGGCUUGGCUGGCAGCAAAUGAUGUUACUAUGGAUAUUACCCGAAGCCACACUGUAAGCAUUGUCACGGAUUUCAACCAAGCCUCGAGCCAGAAUACAGACUCUUCUCCCACCGGCACAGAGUGGACAAGCAACACCUUUGUGGAUGAGACAGAAAGUGACACAAAAAGCAUUUCGAAGAAUUAUAAACUAGCGUCACGUCACGUCAAAUUGUUGCCGAAAUCUGGAGAGAAAAUCACAAAAUUCACAACAAAUAAUGCAACUAUGGAUAUGACUCACUGCCUUAGUGCAAACAUCGUCAAUAACUCCCUAUUACACCCUGUUAUGUCAGAUCAAAACUCUGAGAACAUGAACGAUAUUCUCGCUAAGAAGGAAACGGAGAGUGGGAACCGUGGUCUGGAUUCAAAUCCACCUUCAUCAACACAAUCUGAACUGUUUCAGACGAGCUGUGCCCAGGGCGAGGCUAACAGAAACACAUCAUCCUGUCCAGACUCAAGUUAUUCCCAAUGUAGAACAAAGGAACCGGACACUGAUCCUGAAAAUGAAUCCUCAAGGUUGGGCUCAGAUGUGGGCAAGCCGAUAAAUAAAACCAAAAACAACACUGAGGAAAUCUGCGUGGAUCAGACUGAACCCUUGGCGUCAUCUACAGAUGAUCCACCUCAAGGUGUUUCUUCCAAACAAAACCCUCAUUCAAAAAGUUUCAAGGAAUCUGUGUCUGAUGAAUAUCGAUCUGAAGCAGAAACGCAGACCGUAUCACAGAAGAUGGAAAGCUCACCCAGUAAUGCAGAUCAAAAUGCCGAUGUUCUGUCUUCGCGGAUGUCCAGACGAAAGAGUUUAGCCGAUCUCCAGUCUAAAGUGAAACGCUUGAGCCAGUUGAUAAAUGCGGCUCCCGAUCCUGCUGCCAUGGAAACCUGCACACCUUUGUUGCUUCAUCUGGAUCCCAAUGUGGAAAAAAAUACCAAUGAUGCAGAAGCAGAACAACUCUCUGUAGCAAGCAGCUCAAUUCCUUUCAGCUUAAAGACAAAACAGCUCAUGUCAAAGCUGUCAGUUGGAGGCUUUAAACCAAAACUCCCUAAAAGAAACACAGCGGGUGAGUUGAAUAAAUCUGCUGUUAAAGAACCUACAAAGACGAUCACUGUCAGCUUUCCCAAUCAGCUGAGCCAAUUUGACAAAAUCACUGAUAUUCACGGUGAAGAACUGGUUGACUGCGAAGAUUUUUCUGAAACGAUUGACACCAUGAUGCCUGAGAAGUUCUCUAAGAAAGAGAACUCGUCCAAUCAGUUCUCCACGUUCCAGCCUUUGGAGGAAGAUUUUGCUUAUAUGGACGACUUCACGUCCAGCAGCCCAAGACAAAAGAGGUCUCUGCCGGACAAUGAAGAUGAGACAGAGGAGGAUGAGAAGAGAAAGAAGCUAUGCACAGAGUUCUCUGAAACGGCAUCUCAGUCUGAUGUUGACUAUGAAAGCAACAUGGCCGCUGCUUGUGCGCAGACCAUCGACUCCUCCAGCAGCACAGUUAGCAGAUGUGAAAUUGCAUCAGAGUCUACUUUCAAACACAGCCUGUUUGAAUCCCAGCUUGAAGACUAUGGCAAUGAUGGACAAAAGAAACUCGAAGAUGGCACAAUUACAGUUUUGGAGUUCUUCAAUCUCUUCAGCAUAGAUUUUGUCAUCCAUAAUCCUCGCCAGAGCGUCCUUCCUGGCAGACUUCUGGACAACUCUGAUGCAACGGCAUUGAAUUUAUUAAAAGAUAAACACAUAAGCCGCCCUAAACAAUCAGUUUAUGAGGCAGAUGUCAAGACCCUCACAGAAAAAGUGGAAGGGCUUAAGUAUCGGAUGCAAGACUUAAGAAAACCUCUUAAGACUGUAAAUAGAUCUUUGUGGGAGGAAGUGAAUCACUUCACAGAGAAAGAGCUCAAAUCUUUCGGUGCUAAGCUAAAGGAGAGAAACAACUUGCUCAGAAAAAACAGCAAAGUUCAGAGUCAUGAAAUGAAGGAGGAGCUCUACGCAAACCUUGUUCGAGUUAAUCUGGAGGAACAACAAAAACUGAGGGGAACAAUCAGUCAGGCAGAUGAGAUGAUUCAAACUCUGGACGGCUGCAUCAGCGAUUUAGAAGCAGAACUGGAUGCAGUUGUGGAAAAAGGCUCAGAAGAUAAACUUAGUUUAAAAUCGCUACAGGAAGAAAUGUCAAAGGUCACUGAGACUUUGGCUGACCAUGAAAGACAAACAUCUGAACUGGAUUUGGAGAAAAAGAAGAAUUCAUGUGAGCUAACGAAGCUGAAAGCUGAAAAGAGGAAGCUGGAAAACGACAUCGACACGCUGAACAUGCUGAAUGAAUGGAGGCUUGAAGAGAAAGACGACAAGAAAGACAACUGUUCAGUUUUCACAUUCCUCCAUAAGACCAUGUUCCUGCGCCUGGUGUAUGAAAAGACCAAUGGAAACGAUGCUGACAGCAAAUCUGAGAGGAAAAUAACAAACAUCAACUUCAAGUUUAAUCUCAGUGAUGAGAAGUCGCAGUGUCACGCUCGUCUAGUUCAUAAACUAGUCUCCCAGUUCAUUGAGGGAGAGUCUGGCUGGGUGGAGAAAUAUCCCACCAGUGGGCACGUCCCAAAGCUUCUCCAUGACGUCAGCUUGGUGGUAAGCCGCUGCCGCCUGGUUGGAGAGGAGCUGCGGCUCCUGAAGAUGUGGGGAAAUCUUCGCUUUGAUAUCCUCCACAUCAGCUGCUCCCAGACCCAAAUCCACAUUGUGUUCAGCAGUCUGAAAAAGCUUUCCAAGUUUGACGUCGUCUUCGGUGUCAGGUUGACUGACCAGAUCUGCGUCUUCCAUGUGCAAAGCUUUAAAAACCUGAUCGGAAACACAACGAUCCAACAGAUUGAGGAAGUUGUGGCUUCGCUCAGUCCAGGAAGGGACCUGUUUACGAGGAUCAUCAGGAAACUUCAUGAAACUCUUCUUUCUUAAUAUCAAAACGUCUCAGAUGGCAUUUAAAUCCCAGGUCUUUGUAAUCAAACGUUGUAAAUAUUGAAAUUAAUGACAUAAUACUUUUGGCUGAAUGUUUCAAAUAAAAUAAAGCAAAUAUAAAUAUGUUUAGCUUA